AUGUGUUACACCAACUUUGAGUACAGUGUCUCUUUACGCCAGGAUUCAACCUCUCCACUUACUGCUGAGCUAACGUGCACUAAAUUCCUUCGCAAAAAAUUCCAUCUCUUCACAGACGAAACACACACGUUGUCUCUACCCGAUCAACCCAUCGAGCUUCAUACCAACUAUAUACCACUGAUCGAACCAAAUUACUCUACAAACACUCAAAUCGUCUUCGGCAUCGUUCGUCAUCCCAACAGAACCACCGUUAUAUCUAGACCAAGCAAGACCAAUGAUUGUUACUCACUAGACUACACCAGAAUCUCAGAUAUCAUGAGCAGCUUCGGCGUCAUCAACAAGCACUGUCGUUCCACUAUCUUGCGCGAGAUCGACAUGGCUGUAAAAUCAUCAUCGAGAGGCAGAGGAGUGGUUGAAAUCAAGAUUUGUAAGGUAAAGACUGAGGUAUAUGAAUUCAACAGAGCUGCAGAGGAGAUGUUGAUCGAGAGCUACCACCCCAAUCCAGCGGCGCCUAGAGUUUACAGUUCAACGAGGAGGGAGCAAGAAUGCGUGAUUUGCAUGCAAGGUUAUUCGAUGGGGUCAAUAGUGACGAAAUUGGCUUGUAACCAUGACUUUCAUGGACUUUGCAUCCACAAGUGGUCGCAAGUAAAUCAUCUCUGUCCUUUGUGUCGAUCGCCAAUUACUAAUAAGGGUGUUCAAUCCGGAUUUAUAUUCUGUUUUGGUUCGCUUUCAGGGUUUUCUCUAUUAUGA